CACACCCUGAUACAUUCUUUGCAGUAGAAUUACACAGGAUCAUGACAGUUAGUAAGUUUGAGAAUAAUUUUUCACCAACUCCACAGAGCACAUACUGAAACUUCUAUGAGGAACGAACUCUCAGCCGGGACUAAGCAGGACAGAGGUUGGUCCCAUCUUGGCUUUCAUAGGUUUUUGCCAUGAGAAGAAAGAGUAACUUUCAGAGGGAGACAUCACAGUGUUUCUGUCAGUCAUGGGUAAUAGAUUUACCCAUGAAGCGAUAUCUUCUGCUGAGCUUGAUGCCUUAUGGAAUGACCCUCCAUACACUUUAGCAGGCGUCAGUGAGCACUUUCCACCCAGUGACAUCAUGACAGCUGAUGAGGAAGCAGAGGCUGAUGCAGAAGUGGAGGCAGAAGGCAGAAGCACAGAGAGUUACUGGAGAAAGAAGGAGGCAUUCAGUGGAAGUGGGACAAUAUCUUCAGUGGGGGAACACUUUUCUCCAGAUGUUGUUUUGUUGUUUAGUGGGAGGCGACGGUCCAGUGUACAGCCUGACGGUGAGCUUCAGGAGAAGUUACGUACUAGACUCAGAGUAGUAGAGAGCAACAGCCAGGAUGUCGUACAGCUCUUCAAGGAUCUGUCUGCACGACUGGUAUCUGUUCAUGCUGAGAAAGACAGCUUUGUCAUCACAUUUAAGACAGUUGAGGAGAUCUGGAAAUUCUCCACUUACCUAGCACUCGGAUAUGUGGCAAGAUGUCUCGAGAACUUUCUCUGUGACCAGUCAUUCUGGCUGGACCCUGCAUUGCUAAGUGAUUUAGAGAUCUGUGUGACAGUGGAUGAGGAUCACUUAGCUACUCUUUAUCUAGGACUUCUGCUUCAGGAAGGUACAUUCUUUUCCAAGGCUUUAUACAACAGUGAUUGCAGAGAGGAGGAAGAGGAUCUGACCUACAGGAGGAAUGACCUGGUCAUGGUGAAAGACAUAGGACAGGAGGCCAUGUGGGAGGGAACGCUGCUGUCCAAGGGCCAACAUGGUCUAGUGCCUGUGCAUGCUAUGCAGCCUCUACCUUAUCCUUUCUAUCAGUGGUUUCUUAAUAAAUAUCCUGGAAAUACAGGAGGGAUUCCAGUUACAGAAGGUCUUUUUAAUCAUCCCAUCGUGGUGGGUACCUGUGUGGCGUUAGUGGACCACUACCCACAGGUUAAAGAUGAGCUGCACUUGUGCCAGGGAGACCUUAUCAGUAUUGAGGGGUUUCUUUUCAAUACUCUGAACGUGUUCAUAGGAAGACACCUCACCACUGGAGAAACUGGAUUUGUUCACAGGGCCCAUGUAAAACCUGAGAGAAUCAACCCUCUCAAUGGACAAUUGGUCUUUCUGAGUGAGGAGGAAAGGGCGGUCCUGAAUAAACUUAUCCCCUGUGUUGAGCCCAACCAGUCUGAUGCACUGGCCAAUCUCUGCACCACUGACAUAAGCACGGUGUACAGAUUAGAUAGACUGGAUGACUCUGAUUUUGCGUUUAUUAGAAACCAUCCAAAAUCAGAGCAGAAAACCCCAGUGCAUCAAAGAAAGAGCACCAUAUCAGAAAAGAGUGACACACCUCCAUACCACUCAUCCCCACGGCCAUCAUUCCAUGCCUCUCUGAAUCAUCUGGAGAGGGUCCCUGAGGUCCUCUCCUUUAGCCUGGACGACACGUUCCGAGAGAUGGAUGAAUAUGAGGAAGAUCCUGCAAUCUUCAUGGAUGAUGGUAUCUGGGAGGAUGAUGAAAAAGAGAGGUGUGACCCAAUCCUGACACUCCUUAACCUGGAAUACUUCCAGGACUCCUUCCAGGCUUUUUAUGACCUCUCCUACUCUUUCCUGGACACCGUCUUUGGUGGCCUUCCAGAAGACGAGGCGCUUCAGCAUCUGGAAAAUUUGCGAGAAGGAGCUAAGAAAGGCAGGAUGCUCUGGGCCCAUCGGCGAGCCUGCUUCCUCCUAGGAAGGCUAUCUGCCAAGAAACUGAAAUACUCACAGGCACGAGUGUACUUUGAGGAGGCAUUGAAGGUUCCAGUAACUGGUUUUGAUGACCAACCACUUCUGAUUGCCCUGUACACCAAUCUCACAGCAGUUUAUCUGAAACAGAAGAUGAUGGACAAGCUGCCAUUAACACUGGAGAAGGCUAGUGCUCUGAUUCUGUGUCUUCCAUGCCAUAACUUCUGCUCUGUGGAUGAGUUCGAAUUGCUCAAACCCAUCAUGCGCCAAGCCAUAAUCGAAAAGGACAAGUACCUAGAGGCUCGGACUUGCUACCUCUCACUCUCUCUCUUUCUCCAUCUAAGUAAAAUAGAGGAUGCUUUGCCUUUUGUGGAGAGGCUUCAGUUCCUAACCAUCACUCUGUCUGCAGAAGAAGGGAGGCCUGUUGCCCCAGUGGAUCUCAACUGGAUGCUGUGUAGGCUUUAUCAUAAAAAGUAUUUGCCUUAUCUCACACUAGCCUCCCUAAGUCUAGACUCAGGGCAAGACCAUUCCUUGGAUGAUGCAUUCCAGAAAAUUGAACUCUUUAUCAAAAAUUCAGUAAGGCUUAAUCCUCACUGGAAGGAAAGUAUUUUGGUUCUUCCUGCACAGGUGGUGGUCUACCUUCAGCAGGCCUUGUCGAUAGCUAGUUGUGGAGAAGAUCUGAAGACACAAAGGGACAUUUGCCUUUGCCUGGCAAAUGUUUACCAGCAGCAUGGCGCUCUAGAGAAGGCUGUGCCAUUCGCCCAGCAGGCAGCACAGACAGGAAGCCAAAUCAACGAAGAAGAGGGCUUUGAGUCAUCCGUACUGCUGGCUUGGCUCCUUGUUCUAACAGAUAAACACGAACAAGCUCAGUCCACUCUGCAUCCUUUGCUAAAGUCUUUGAAUGAAACAGACAGUCCAACGCAGCGUGGUGUGGUCUACAACCUCCUAGCCCUAUGCCUCCGUAAACAGGGCAGAGUUAAGGAGGCGGCAAAGAACUUUUAUUGUGCUCUGCAGAUCUCCAGAGAGAAUGGCAACAAGCGUAAUGAAGCACUAGCUCUGGCAAACCUGGGUUGCUUGUUCCUUUCUGUAGGGGCUUCAAGCCUGGCAGAGUGUUUCCUGCUCAAUUCCCUCCACCUCUUCCAGUUUCUUUCAGAGAGUCCUACAGAUGAGGAGCAUGUUCAGGCUCUGCUCUGGCUGGGCAGGAGCUACAAGGAUAGAGGAGGGAGUCAGGAGGUCAGGCUAUGCUUUGAGAUGGGCCUCCUUAUUGCUAUUAGUGCCCAAAAUCUGCACAGUCAAAUGGUUGUGGCAAAAGUUCUAAGUCGACAUUACGCUGACUUGCUGCUGUAUGGACAGUGUAUUGUUUACUAUGAGCACUGUGUGGGGCUGUGCAGAACUCUAAAGAAUAAACAACUAGAAGGAGAGUACCUGGAGCUUCUCAGCAACCUCUAUCUCUCACUCAACACUGAGAAAUCCUCAAGAAUGUCUCUUGAUUACUCAAAGCAAAGUUUAAGGAUCUCUAUAGAUCUGGGGAAAAGACAGGAAGAGUCUGAGACAUGGCUGCAGGUGGGCCGUAUCUACUAUCUGAUCUAUGAGGAUGAACUGGCUGACAUGUACCUUCAGGCAGCAGUAAAGACAGCCCUGAAGAUGAAUGACCCAUGCUUCGCUAUGAACAUUUAUGAGGAGGCAGGAGAUGUCUUUUUCAAAGGACACAGGAACCGCCUGGCUGCCCUACCUUUUUACAGGGAUGGGAGUCUGCCAUUUGCACGCAGCAUUAAGGAUGUGCACUCAGAGUUCAGGUUGCUGAGUAAACUCACAGAGCUCCUGAUGAAGCAGAAGCAGUAUGAGGAGGCACUGCAGUAUGCCACACUUGCAGUGCAGGUCAGCACCACCACUGGUGUUCCUCUGAAUGAGAGAGUGGCCUUCCAUCGUCUUGCAUCGGUUUACUUUUCAUUAGGGAAGUAUGAGAUGGCUGAAAACUACUACCUGAAGUCUCUUUCAUUCUGCCCUGUUCUACUUGAACAUGCUAUUGAAGUUCACUACUAUGUCAAAGUCUACUGUAGAUUGGCCGAUCUGACACUAUAUAAAUUAAAGGAUGCAUUCGAUGCCAUUGGCUAUUUCCACUUAGCCAUGGCAGCAGCCCUGGAGGACAAAGAAAGCCUAAGCGCUCUGUACAUCAUCUACAUGAAGCUGGCAGAGAUCCAUGCCAACUGCAUGCCUGAUUCAGAACUGUGUAAAAGUUACAUGGCCAGUGCACAGAGUCUAAAGAAAGAACUGGCUGGAUACACAGAAUCUACUGACACAGAAGACAAACAUCAGGAUCACGCUAAUGUAGACUGUGCUGAGGAAGAGAAUGUUACUCACACCAAAGAUGGCCUUUUUGACUCCAGCAGCAUCACUAGUACUCUCACAGAGUCCAUCAUGACAGACACCAGCCUCACAAUUACUGUCCAGAGGGAGUCUGAGCUCAUACCCUCGAACAUCAGUCACAAAGAAGACUUGGACACUAGUUUCUCAGCGGAAACAGACGCAGGGCCUCCUCAUCACACCAUUCUAGAAACUAGCUGCACCAACAACACAAACCACACUAACAGGAGUAGAUUAAAGGAGGGCAUGACAUUUGGAAUAUAGGUUCAGUGAGCAUGGCUAGGAUAUGCUGUUGAAAUUGAACAAAACAUACACUAUUGGCCUUCCAGAAGUUUUGCUAAUCUUUUUAAACAAGCUGUUCAUAUUUUUUGGUGACCUCAGAAAGCUUUUACUCUGAAAACAAGCGUGUAAGAAUUAAUUUUUAUUUUAUCUAUCAAAUGUUUGAGAAAAUAUUUUCUAUUGUUUAAUAGUGUUUCAAUGUGAAUUUUCAUAAUUUUGUAUGAUUGUAAAUAUGUAUUUUCUCUGUGUGUAUGUAUAUAUAUAUAUAUAUAUAUAUAUAUAUAUAUAUAGUAAAAGGAUUAAUGGAAAGGAGGAGGCAAGAACCGGCUUGACAAUAUAAAUAAUAGUUUAACCAAAAGACAAAAACACACGCGUGUCGGGCAGCUGCCCAUUAAUCCCUCUCUCUGUAGCCCUGCCAUCUCCGGUCGACCUUUAUCCUUCUCUUAAUUAGCCUGAUUAGGGGCUGGGUGUGUAGCAUCAGGACCGCCCUCCACCCUGCCACAUUCCUCUCUUGUUCUCUCAGGUCGGGGAGUCCCCGGUAUGACGUACACCCCCCACUCUUUUUCCGGGUAAUCACCACCCUUUUGCAAGUAAUCCCCACCUUCAAAGUCAAAUUUAAAACAGAAGGAAAGGCCAAUGUGGAGCGGCAGUGGGAGAGAGAGAGAGAGAGAGAGAGAGAGAUAGAGAAAAAAACACUUACUCGCUGGAUAUCUGAUACGCCGUAGCCUGGUCCUCUGCCACUCCUCCACCCUCUAAUGGAUGACAGCCGCACCUCCCUGGGCGGAUCGGAGGCAGUCCUCCGGCCCCUGGUGGACGGAACACCCCGCCGCAUUCUCAGGGAACAGAAGUGGACUGUCGCCCCUGGCAGCGGCCAUGACUGCUAGGAGCCCGUUCUCCCCUCGUGGCCGGCGGCCGUUUUUCCGUUCUCAUACAGCCGGACUCCUCCAUCCCCCGGCAGAUGGCCGCGGCUGCUCUGUUUGGGUGGAUGGUGGUGGGGAGGACACUACUAUGACGCAUUCCCUCGGGUUUCAGUGUAAAGGGAUUCAUGAAAUGGAGGAGGCGAGAACCAGCUUGAAAAUAUAAAUAAGUUUAAUAAUAAACUGAACCAAAAAGACAAACACACACAGGUGUCAGGCAGCUGCCCGUAAAUAUCUCUCUCUGUCGCACCGCCAUCACCAGUCGGCCUUUAUCCCUCUCGGAGGUUUAAUUAGUCUGAUUAGGGGCCGGGUGUGUAGCAUCACGACCCGGCCACACCCUCCCACACACAUACAUAUAUACAUAUAUAUAUACACACACACCGAUCAGCUACAACUUUAAAACCACCUGCCUAAUAUUGUGUAGGUCCCACUUGUGCUACCAAAACAGCGCCAAUUCUUAUCACCACAAUUGUGCAGAGUGGUUAUCUGAGUUACCGUAGACUUUGUCAGUUCGAACCAGUCACGCCAUUCUCUGUUGACCUCUCUCAUCAACAAGGCAUUUCUGUCCAAAUACUGCCAUCACUGUUUUUUUUUUUUGUUGUUGUUGUUUUUUUGGCACAAUUCUAAGGAAUUUCUAGAGACUGUUGUGUGUGAAAAUCACAGGAGAUGCCGAAGAUGCAGAAAUGCCGAAACCAUCCCGUCUGGCACUAACAAUCAUGCCAUGGUCCAAAUCAUUGAGGCCACACUUUUUCCCCUUUUGGAUGGUUGAUGUGAACAUUAACUGAAGCUCCUGGCCUGUGUCUGAGUGACUUUAUGCACAGCAGCCACAUGAUUGGCUGAUAAUAGCAUGGGUGAUUGUUGGUGCCAAAUGUGCUGGUUUGAGUAUUUCGGUAACUGCUGAUCUCCUGGGAUUUUCACACACAACAGUGUGGUGCCAAAAAAAAACAUCCAGUUUGUGCCAGUUCUGCAGACGGAAAUGCCUUGUUGAUGAGAGAUAUCAACAGAGAAUGGCCAAACUGGUUUAAACUGACAAAAUGUACGGUAACUCAGAUAACCGCUCGGGUAUAAUUGUGGUGAGAAGAAUAUCAUCUCAGAAUAUUAUGUAUAUAUAUAUAUAUAUAUAUAUAUAUAUAUAUAUAUAUAUAUAUAUAUAUUCUUUAUCUGUUUAUCCUUACUGAGUUAUCUUAAAACCUCUAAAAAGUCAAACUAAUUUUGUGACCUGCCAUGGGCAAAAUACUGUUUCAUGCCAGAGCAAACAUUUUUGCUUGCUUAAUAACCAUACAAAGCAGUGUACAUUUUAAUGAGGCUCUCAUGAAAUAAAUCUUAACCAUAAUUGAUGUUACUUCACUAUCAAUUAAGUAUGUAUUGGCAAUGGUAAAGUUAGCCUAGGCCCUUACUUUAGAAUUUUAAACCUCAAACCUAACAGUAAAGCAUCAUCUUAAUUUAAACCACAACAUGAUAGUUUGGGUCUCCGAUUUACACUAAUAAACACUAAUAGUCACUUACCACUUAUAAAUCAAGCCCAUGAUAGCAUUUUUAUAAACAUUUAACAACUUAUACAUUAGACUGAAACCUGUUUACAGCAUGGUUCUUUGUCUUUAGCCUCUUUCAAGUGACACAUCUUUAAAAUCUAUAUACCUCGAAAUCUAGUUGUAAUCUAGUUAUAAUAUAAUCCACUAGAGGGACACAUUGACCGGGGUGACUAGCUUGACUGCCUCUAAAAAUGUGAAAGCUGAAAAAUUCCAAUGGAAAGUGAUUAUCUCCGAGCCCUACUCACUAUGAAGGACAUAAUUAUUGAUAUGGGUACUCUAAUGGGUGCAUGACAUUACUGAAUGAAUAUACCCUUCACUAACAGACUUGUGGAAGGACACUUCGAGAUCUACAGCUUUACUGUUAGUGAAGUCAUAUAUAUAUAUAUAUAUAUAUAUAUAUAUAUAUAUAUAUAUAUAUAUAUAUGGGUCAUUGUACAUGAGAUGUGCAAAAUGUAGUCCCCGCAUAAAUAAAUAUAUUUAAAAGGGCGUACUGUAGGUAACUGACACAUGUUUUAAAAGUCAAGUUCUAACAGAGGCAAUAGAAGUAAUUCAUGUCAUAACACAUCUUUAAAAAUAGUGGUUUACAUGUUAUUUUCUAUUGGGUGGCACAUGUCCCCCAGUCUAACCCUGAAAAAUAUACAAAAAAAUUAAACGCCUAAAUGUUUUUUUUUUUAUUAUUAGAUUUUUUUAAACACUUAAUUCUAAUGUACCUUGUCAAGUCCUAUUAAAAUGUAGUUGACAUAGGUUUUUCUGCAUUUGUUUCAAAUUUUAAGAAUUUAUUUAUAAGUAAAAAUAGCUAUCAAAACACAAAACGUCUCACUGGCCUGAAGCAAACCUUUGCCACACCCCAAACCAUGUGACCAGGGAAACUAUUUACUCUUGAUGGACCACAUGGUGAGAUGUUUUUUAACAUUUUGAAAUAGUGUUGUAAAAUCAGAAAACCUGUAUGUGUUUAUAAAAAGUGUAAUUGCCGAACUUGUUUUUCAUAUAAAAUAUGUGAUGUUUGAAAAAAAUAAAUGUGU